UCUCAAGAAAGAUGGACAAACUGAUUAUUGCAGCGAUUGUCCUUCUACUUUCGAAGACAUACGGAGCACACUCCAGUGGCAUGGGCCGCACCACCACUCCUUCUCCAUUGCCCAACUACGAUGUUAAGAUGUUUAUGAAUUAUACUGAUGGAAUAUGGAGUGUGAAGUCUAGUACAAACCACUCAUUUUGGUGCAGGGUGGACACGACGGCCAAUAUUACAGGCAACACAAUUUAUUUUAACCGUUCUUUUAUCGAGGGGGGUAAAAAAUGGGUGCACCUACCGUAUAAAGGAGACGUCCAAGAUAAUGCGACGGAUACCAUGUAUGUAGGACUUCAAGGAGGACCCGGUGUGACCACGACUGAGCAACUGCUUUUCGCAACGCAAAACUACAGCUGUGGUGUUUUUCAAGUGACAAUAGUCGAAGGUGUUGCAGAAACUUCUUUUCCUCCACAGUGGUUUGACUUGCGGGUCAGAAACAAUUCGCUAUCGGAAAUCCCUAAAGACUGCGAAAACAAAUUUAAGGAGUUCAGCCACAAUUCCACAAUCUACCAAGGUUACAACGACACCUGCCAAGUUAUAUAGCAUGUUUUGGUAUGAUGGACCUGACUGUGAU